AUGGGCGCCCGCACGCGCGCGCCGCAGGAGGACGCUGAGAGGCGCUGCCGCCGCAAGGAGAAGCGGAGGGCCCUGGCCAAGAAGACGCCCUUCGGCGUCGCCUGCUGCUACGGCUGCGGCGCCCCGCUACACACCGGCGAGGUGGGGUCCCCCGGCCACGUCGAGCCCGCCACCUACGACUGGUUUGAGGCUGCAUGGGUGCUCACCUACAUUGCGUCAGGCACAUCAGACAACACCAAAGUGGUGCUGAGUACGUGUGUUCCAUAUUUGCAUUUUCAGUCUGUUUGGGAUUUGGGGAAUGUUGCUGGUGACUCUUCAAAGUGCCGUGACCUUGUGCUUGGAAGUGGUGGUCUGUUCCCUUUGUUGCAGCAGCUCAAUGAGCAUGCCAAGCUCUCAAUGCUCAGGAAUGCCACAUGGACACUCUCCAACUUCUGCCGUGGGAAACCACAGCCAAACUUUGAACAGGUCAAACCGACUCUCUCAGCACUGCAACGCCUUAUCCACUCUCAGGAUGAGGAGGUGCUCACUGAUGCCUGCUGGGCUCUCCCGUACAUGUCUGAUGGUACUAAUGACAAGAUUCAAUCUGUGAUUGAGUCUGGUGUUUUUCGUCGCCUUGUGCAGCUUCUUUUGCACCCUUCGGCUUCUGUUCUCAUUCCAGCUCUGCGCAUGGUGGGUAACAUUGUCACUGGUGAUGAUUUGCAGACUCAGGCUGUUUUACUGCAUUCGAGAAGGUGCACAAGAUGGAUCCAAACUCGAGCAGGCGCGGAGUUCGGCAGUUUAAAACCUAUAUGCUGCAUAGGCUGGAAAAGCAAUCCAGACAGCGUCACACAAAUGAUUUUCCAGGUGAUUGCGAUGCCGGAGGUCGCCGAGGUGGAGGACCUUGACGUCACCGUCUGGAGGUCGUUGAGGUGGAGGACCUCGACGCCACCGUCUCGAGGUUGCCAAGGUGAAGGACCUCGACACCUUGGUAGAUACAUCUAGAGAAGUGGUCAUGUUAGGUAGGUGGUGGAAUGCUAGGGAAGGUACCCACCUUUCGGUGACGGUUGUGUGCGUCUGAUGUAUAAAUGGUAUCUCGUGAUCUCUUUGAGUUGAGAUGUUUAAUGUUGUAUCCAUGAAUGUUGCAAGUGC